AUGCAGCCACAAACCUCUCCACGCCUACCCGGCGUCCACCUCCUAAAAGUAGACUCCAACGGACCCGAGUACUCUCGCUGGCGACGCAGUCUUCAGUUUGCACUGGAAUCGAAAGAUACUUGGAAAUACUGCAAUGGCGCUUUGCCCAUGCCUAUGCCAAAGGCACGGCCAGUUCCAGUCAUUUCCUCGGAGGAAACGAAAGACGUAGAGCCGAGCCUUCUCGAAGAGCGAAGAUCAUGGGUACGACAGGAUCGCGAGGUCAAGCUAGACAUCUUUCUUUCUCUGGCAGAAGAAGUGAUGCAGGAAGUUUUCGAAGUCGGGCCACCCCUACCUCCCAUCAACCACACUUCGCAAGAGAUGCUGCAAGCAUUGGAUGAUCAUUUCGGUGUCUUCAGCUUUUCUGGAUACCAUCACGCGUUCUGCCACUUCAUAAACUUGCACAUCGACCAGUACGCGACUAUCGAGGAUUUCAACACUGAAUUCACGACGGUACUAGAAGAUCUGAUCGACUACGGCCAUCCACUCUCCAACACGCAAGCAUGUAGCGCAUAUCUUUCCAAGCUCCGAUGUACGCAGAACCCGGGGGUAGCGAAGAAGUUGGAGGAGUUGGACGCACUGUCGACAGAACCGGAAAUCCACGACCUCAUGCGAGAGUCACUGUCAUGGCCAUGCAUCCGGCCACUAGCGACAAAGUCCUCUCAGAUAUUU